AUGAAAAACAUAGUGACACCCGAAGCAAGACCAGAAGUGGACACUAGCUUUGAAAGUCUUAAGAACGAAGACAAAUGGACUCUCUCAACUGGUACAGUGGUAGAAGACCAAUUAUAUAAAUUUGGCAAGCUUCAAAUUAGAGAGCAUUCUUCUCAGUCUUUCAUCUUUGAUGUCAACGAUUCUGAACUGUAUAUCAAACAUGGAACAUUCACGAGUGGUGAAAUUGAGGAAAUAAUGACUAAUUAUAACAGCAUACCAUUACAACUGCCUGACGAUUUCAAACAAUAUUUGAACAAAUUCAACUGCAAAUCAACAGUAGACAUAAGAAAAGCAUUGUUACAAAAAGAAAGCUGGGAAGACAGUUACCGUCAAGAUAAACAUUUCGAUUUAGACUGGAUCAAACAAUCGAUACAUAAGCUUUUACAAGAGUACGAACUUGAUAGCUUUGCAAAUGAUCACUCCGAGGCUUGGUAUAAUAUACACUUGUGGUGUAUUAUCGACAGAUGUUUUGGAAAUCUAAAAGGAAUCGAAAUUAUAAGAGGCGAGGGGGCAUCGGUGGCGUCUGCUGUAAGAAAAAACGCCAAAAGAACUUUAGAAGACGUAAACAGCUCACCUGAAAAAAUAUGGGUCGACGAUUUGAUUUCCUAAUAAGAGAAAAUCACUCAAAAAGUACCACUAGUUUAGAGUAUGGUGCGGCAGAGGUGGCUAAAAAUUACGACUUAAACAGCAACAAAAUGAUAAUCGAAAGAAAUGCGAAGCUGCCAAGAGUCUUAAAAGACAUGCUGGAUAUGCUUUUGCAAGAAAAGCAAGGUGAUG